AUGGCAGUUGAGGUAUCGUUAGAAGCAGAGCGAUUUAAAAUCCAGGCAAACGAGUACUUUUCAAAGGGGAAGUAUUCCGACGCCAUUGAUCUAUAUACAAAGGCUAUAAACGUUCAAGAAAAGGCAGUCUACUAUGCAAAUCGAAGCUUCGCCUAUCUCAAGACGGAAUUAUUUGGUGCGGCCGCCGCUGAUGCAUCUAAAGCGAUUGAACUGGAUCCUAGCUACAUAAAGGGGUAUUACCGGAGGGCUUCCGCAAAUAUGGCUAUGGGUCACUAUAAUCUCGCUCUCAAGGAUUUCGAAACGGUUAAGAAAAAGCAUCCAUGUGAUAAGGAUGCUUGUUCUAAACACCUUGAAUGCUUUCGCAAAGCCCGAAUGCGUGCAUUUGCACAAGCCAUUUCACACGAAGAGCGACGAUCUCCCCUAGAGACCUAUGAUCCCUCACAGGUAGUUGUAGAGUCCUCCUACAACGGACCACAUUUGCCUCAAGAUGAGGAAGGCAAUUACACCGUUACCGUGGAGUUUAUGAACGCUCUUAUUGAAACUUUCAAGGCACAGGGAAAAUUACAUCGGAAGUAUGCCAUGGUGCUGGUCUGUAAAUUUUAUAACUAUAUUCGCCAACUUCCUUCUCUGGUUAAUAUUGACGUUCCUGAUGGUACCAAAUUUACAGUAUGUGGUGAUAUACACGGUCAAUUCUACGAUUUGAUCAAUAUUUUUUCACUUAACGGAAUGCCAUCGCCGGAGAAUCCCUACCUCUUUAACGGUGAUUUUGUUGAUCGUGGGUCCUUCUCGGUUGAAUGCAUUUUCACGCUUAUUGGUUUCAAGCUCCUCUAUCCCGAUCACUUCUUUAUGUCUCGUGGGAAUCACGAAUCGGAGAACAUGAAUCAAAUGUACGGGUUCGAGAAUGAAGUGAGGAGCAAGUAUAACAAUCAGAUGGCAGAAAUUUUUACCGAGGUGUUUAAUUGGCUUCCACUGGCUCAUCUCAUCAACGGACGCGUUUUGACCAUGCAUGGCGGCCUCUUCAGCUCGGACAACGUAAGUUUGGACGAUCUGCGUAAUAUUCACCGCAACUGCCAGCCCCCGGAUAGCGGGCUGAUGUGCGAAAUCCUGUGGUCCGACCCCAUGGAGGCGCGUGGACGUGCACCCUCAAAACGUGGUGUCGGUUGUCAGUUCGGCCCAGAUGUAACUCAUUCUUUCUGCGACUCUAACGGACUCGACUAUAUUAUUCGCAGUCAUGAGGUGAAGGAGCAAGGCUACGAGGUGGCGCACGACGGUCGCUGCGUGACGGUUUUCUCUGCCCCUAACUACUGCGAUAUCACACAGAAUCUGGGUGCCUUCAUCACACUGCGCAGCUCGCAUGAAGCCGGCGGGAUGAAACCUGAAUUUACGACCUUUAAGGAAGCGCCACACCCACGCGUGCGGCCCAUGGCCUACGCCAAUUCCCUCCUGGCCAAUCUGUUGUAG